CCGGGGGGAUCCGCGCGCCCCUCGUGCCCCUCGCGCCCCUCGCAUGGUGAGCCUGGCAAAGGGCGGCAGCAGCAGCCUCAGCGGCAGCCUCUGCCAGCACCUCCCAUGGUCCCUCGCCAACUCGCACCCGUGCACCAUGCAGACCCCCUGCCUGCGGAGCCCUCAGCGCAGCCCCUGUUGCCUCUCCGGCCACCGCUAGCCUCAGAGGGAGCGGUCAGCCGCCCGUGCCAUACCCCGAGGGAGGCGGAACUGCGGUGCCAGGAGGCAGUCCCAGCUCAACCCUUCGCUCUCCAGCUGCGUGCGUCCCCUUCCCCGCCGCCCAGGCAUCCAGAGGCGAUGGGGGCGCUGCUGGCUCUCUGCCUCCUGGGCUGGCUGCCCUGGGGACCUGCGGGUGCCCAGCAGUCUGACGAGUACUGCCGCGGCUGGUUGGCCGUGCAGGGCAACCACCACGAGGGCUUCCAAUGCCCGGACUUCGACACGUUGGACGCCACCAUUUGCUGAGGCUCCUGAGCGCUCCGCUGCUGCUGAGCCGAGGCCAACGCCAGGCUGGAGCAGGGCGGCUGCACGAAAGACCGCGGGGAGCUGGAGCACCCGGGCAUCACCGCGCAUAAAUGCCAACCCCUCUACGUCCCCUUCCUCAUCGUUGACUCCAUCUUCAUUGCAUUCAUCAUUCUGGGCUCUUUAGCAGCUAUUUAUUGUUGCACCUGUUUGAGACCCAAGGAGCCCUCACAGCAGCCAAUCCGCUUCUCACUCCGCAGCUAUCAGAUAGAGAUCCUGCCCAUGAUCUUGACCUCCACGAGCCUCAGGACACUUUCCAGACAGUCCAGCACAGCCACCAGCUCCAGCUCCACAGGUGGCUCCAUCCUUAGAGUCUCCUUUGCCAGGAUGGAGCCAAACUGCCUGGUGCUCUCACCUCCCCCACCUUACACCACAGGCCACCCAAUCCACCUGACGCAGCCAUCUGGUUUCCUGGUGUCACCUCAAUAUUUCACUUACCGCCUUCAACAGGAGCCCCCACAGCCUGGGAAGAACUGUCCAGACUUCAGCUCCAGUUGACAGGUCAUGGCCAUGAAUCCAGCAUGUAGUAAAGUGACAGACAGGUGGAGUGAUGUUUCCAAUGUCAAGUGCUUUGCUGAGGGAAUUUCUCAUGUAAUUGACCAACGUCUUGGCAGA